AUGGCCGACGAGGAGGGUGCCUCUCCACGCGAGCUGGUCGUUGAAGCCUGCCGCCGAGACCAACCACACCUCUUGGAACAAGUCCUCUCAUCCAUGGAGGAGAAGUCAAACGAAGAAGUUGCAUCAUUCUUCAACUCGGUGACAGACGCACUGGGAAACCACGCAUUGCACAUUUGCGCCAUGUACGGAAGCUACGACGUCAUGGAUUCCCUCUUCGAUAUCCAGUUCUUCGAAUGCGACCCCCUGACCCGGGUUGACAAAGACACACCGCUGCAUGUCGCAGUGCGAUACGCCAACGACAAAGAUAAAGAGUUGGGAACCGAGAUGGUCAAGAUGAUGUGCGAGGCCGGUUGCGACCCCCGCGUACGGAAUAAGCAUAAUCAGAAGCCGGUUGAGCUGGUCUACGAUAAUACCGAGAUCAAACAGGCUCUGCAGCAGGCGGAGUAUGUCAUGGCUGAGGGGCUGCAAAAUGAAGGCGGGGACUCGGAACAUGACAGUGCCAGUGAUAGCGAAUAA